UGGUUUUGAUUCUGGAAAAUCACUAUAGUUUGUGAAUAGCCGCUUGAAACGAUUGAGAUCAUAUACCAUUGUCGUAUUCCGCUUAAAAAACGUGUUUUAUUUUGAUCGUCUUUUCGUUUCGUUUUUGAGUUUCCCAAAACAAACAAAUAAAAUAAAAAGUAGCUGCAUUUUCAAAAUAAAUUAUUUUAUGUAAUUCAUCUCGAUACCACGCUUUGACCCACAGGCCAUUUACAACAAAUAUUAUUAUAGUAAGUAUAGCACAUGGUAUCACACAAACUCAAAAUGGAUAAUUAUGACGCAAAAGUUAUUGGUUGGUUUGGCGUUGUCAUGAAUCCAAUAUUGCUUUUCAUUUUCGAAGGUGUUGGAAUUGCCGGUGAUUUUAUCGCUGGAACAUUUGUCUUCAAUUUAAUUGGAUGUCUCAUUUGGCUGGUCGGAAUUUCAUUGCAGAAUUUAACUGAACUAUUGGUGACGUCAUUGAUAUGGUUGGCAAUGCCGUUGAUGUGUUGGAGUUUUUACAUAUCAUUCCAGGCACACCAAAUGUUAUUUGGACAUGGUUCAACUAAAUCCUUGGAGCAUUUAACACAUUUCUGGGUGACAAUUUUUAUGUUUGCUUUUUGUUCGAUUUAUGUUUUCAUCGCUUUGAAGAACUACCGCGAAAACAAAAAGACCGGCGAUGCAACACAAAGAGAAAGUCAAGAAUUGGUAUAGCAAGGCUAUCUAUCAAAAUAAAUGAUCUAUUUAUUACGAGAGAAACUAUUAACUAAAACAUUAUUACCAAAAUGUUUUGUUCAAAAUAACCUAACAAAUAAAUUCAAAUAUUUUGAAUGAAUAAAAUUAUUUUCUGAGAAAUUUGUUAUUAAAAA